ACUGUGCAUUCCAGCGCAUGUUGAUGACGCCAUCACCAAUCAGCCGCAACAAAAACAACAACAGAACUCAGCUGUACGGAAGCUAACUAGCCGGCCUAGUUACUGAACACUGUUUUGUGAUAUUUUUAUUUUUCCGAUUUGUGUAUGCUGUUAUAAAGUAACUAUUCUUAGCAAGUUAGCUUUAUAACCGAGGACGAGCAGAGCCUUGAUUGACCAAAAGGAAUAUUUAUGGCAAAGCAGGUGGAGAUUCUGACCUCCAUCAAUGACCACCACUAUAACUCCCUCGUCUUGCGUCAUGUCACCAAGAAAAAGACCCCUGGUGCCUGUAAGCAGCCGAAGAAAAACAGUUGACGACUAUUUCCCUUUCAACUUCCUGCCGGUGGAGUGCCAGCUGCAUGUCUUGUCAUUUCUGAAUGAGGUGGACAAAUGUAGCUGUGCUUUGGUUUGCUUGAGUUGGAGCUGCCUGGUCCGCUCAUGGAAGCUGUGGAGGGUGGCUGACUACUCCCGUCGGGGUGCUUUCCACUUGGGUCAGGAGCGUCUGCUUGUUUCCAACCGUGAGUUCGAGAGGUGGAAAUCCUGGGUCCACCUCUACACCCACCACCUCAUCUCUCGUCGGGCCAGCCUGCUCACGCUGAAGGCCAGCUUUGACCUGGGAGAUCGCUUCUACAAGUGGUGUGAGCUGUUGAGUCACCUGCUGGACAACGUGCACUGCAGGGACCUCAGCCACCUAGACCUGAACUGGACCUUUACUCUUCUAGAGCCGCUGGACCUCAGGGUCCACUCCAGUUCCAGUUCACACCAGGACAGCAUUACUAAAAUGGACCAGGUGACCAGUUUCCAGGAGCUGCUGACCAAACUCACCCACAGCUGCCCACGCAUCUCAAAGAUGCGGUUACACUUCGACUGGUCUGACAUGUCCGUGUCCCUGCUCACCCGGUUUCAGCAGCUCAGAGUCCUUGAGCUCAAAUCCUUCUGGGUCUUUAAAGGAGUGACUCCCUCAACUUUACAGACUCUAACAAGGUCACUGCCUAACCUGAAGUCUCUGACCUUAAACAUCCUGGUGCCGCUGAGGAACCUGGGCAUCUCGUACACUCUGGAGUCUCAGUCAUUGGAGUUCCUGGAUGUGUCGCCCAGCAAAGGCUUGGUCUUCUCCUGUCUGAAGCUGCCCGCUCUGCGUGAGCUCCGAGCCAAGAAGAUUACACAAGGUAUCACACUGGACCGGAGGACCAGGCUGAGGAUCCAGAGCAGGUGGCCUUGUCUGUACCACGUCCUCAAGGAGGGGACUCCCAAACUCAUGGCUCUGAACAAUGAGAGACUACUCCCAACAUGGAGAGAGGAGAGCUAUGGGGAGCUGACGGCCAUCCUGGGACAUUCCUGUUACUGCAUUCAACAUCUAGACAGCUGGCUGUGGUAGCAGACUGUACCAUAUACAUUGCUUUUACAUGUUCAAGUCUCCAUCAGAACAAGACUAAUGCAAUGAGCUGAGAGACACAUGUUGGACAUGGUCGCAGAUAAAAACGGACACUUGAAGGACUGCAGGCUGUUUCCAGUUCUGAAACAGGAAGUUGCUGUUACUGUUAGAAAUUCUUUUCUAUGUUUGGUCUAUAACUGUUUCAUUUUGUGUCCUCCAAAAAGCUGUUUGCACUGUGUUGUGCAGGUCUGGAUUCACUUCCAUUGGAGCUCUGUGCUGGAAAAAUUACAACAUAAACUUUAUCCGAGCGUCCUGUACUGACAGAAGUGACAAAGUUUAAUUUCAACAUGAAGUCUUUAUGUUAUGACAAAAAAAAUCAACCAGGUCCAAAUAUAUAAAUGUCAGAAUAUCAAAGCAUAUCAUAAAAAAUGAAUUCUUAAAACAUUGAUUUAUAUCCUCUUUGAGAUUACAUAAAAUGAUGCCCUAUUAGUUAGUUAAUUAGUGACUGACAUUUAUUGAUUGAAUGUAUUUGUCAUAUCCGAUGACUCCAUUCAAUGGUUAAAGCCUUAGAAUAAUCAAGCCCACAAUCAGCAGCUACAACAAAUGGUGCACAUGCAAUCAAUAUUUUAAUCAGAUUUUAAUCUGACCAUGGGCCCCAGUGAAUACUUUUUGUAGCCUACGUAUAAAAACACAUUUGUACUCUGUAAGCAAGAGAACAGGACCAAGAGGCUUCUUAAAAGUGACCAUGGGUCCACCAAACGAUAACCUUCUGAAAUACAGCUACAAGCAGCAUUGAAGGGGUCCAAGCAGGUUGCAAGAAUUUGGAUGUUUGUUUUUAUCGAAGUGAUUCAAAACAAUCUCUUGAUUUUCCUUUUAAAAGAUUUAUUGUUUUCAUGAAUUUCACUGUUACUGCUUCUAAUGGAUUAUUUCCUGCCAAGACACACGGGAAAUAGUAUUAAUUAGACAUUUUCACAAAGGGCCAUUUUCAACUGGACGUGAAAAAACAACAAAUAGACACAUUUCAACUUGGCCUGAGGUUUUUUACUUUUUAUUUAGUUUAAUUUCACAUUUUUAAAGGAAAAACAAACAUUAUGAAAGAACAAAGACAAAUACAAGAAAUACAACACAGUGGGGCACAUCAAGUUUGAAAAUAAUGGUAAUACAUAUCCAGAUUGAAGUCCAUUAAUGUUAUGGCCUGAGGUUUUUUUAAGCCCUGGAGCUUUGCGUCUCCUGAUCGUGAACAUGAGGCAAUGACUCCACAUGUGCAGCACACAGUAUUUUUUUUACUGUUUACACUUGAAAUGCUUUUAACAGUAAAAACAUGUGUGCUAUAAGAUUCUGAAAUAUCACACAUCCUUCAGCUGGUAUUGGGUGUUUUAUUGAAUAUCAGUACUGACUCUGUUGUCAGUAAGACACUGAAGGUCACUGCAGAUUCAUUUGUCAUUUCUGAACAUUAUCUGAAACACCUUUUAUGUUUUCCCAAAAAUUAUGAAUGUAAAUUUUGGUAAAGUUUGUUGAGUUAAAGAUGCUCAUUGACAGAGGAUAUUUUUAAAGAUAUGUGUAUAUAUAUAUAGACAAAAUAUAAGCUCCAUGACGUAAAGGUGAUUUAUUUAGAUUUUUGAAUGUUGAUUUAUUGGAAUAAGUCUUCCAGCUUUAAUCAAUCCUUACCAUAUUGAAUGCAUACUGAGUCUCAGCACAAGAUUCUUUACACCAAAUCUUGUAUGAAUUCUAAACAUUUCAUGUGUAACCUAACAUUCAAACAUGCUCACCACUUCAGCUAGAAUAGCUGGAGAACAUUUUGAUUUAUGAACAUUCAUGAAAUAAACAUGAAGUUUUGUUUAUAUUAAACAAGAUUGAUGUAUACAG